CAUUUAUGACCCUCGAUCCUCUCGAACUUUUCGGGUUUCCAAAUUCUUAAAACCUGCUCAGUUCAACUUGACAGGUUUCCGUCGUAACAUUCAAUACUACAUCGAGCCGCGUCAAGUCCGACUUUAAUUACUGUACUAUAAAACAUCAUACUACAUACUACAUACUACAUACCAACAUCACCGCUACCGUCGUCCUAUAUCAUAGGCAUCGAGUCUGCCCAAUAUGUCGAGCCAGCAGACUCCACCUCCUCAUAUCGACCGCUACGUCGUUAUCCAUGUAGCAACUACCUGUGAUGAACACGGCGUCUACGUGACAAAGGAUUCCGCAGAGGUGAUUGAGCUUGGCUGGAUCCUCCUAGAUUCUAAGUCGCUUGAAGAGAUUCAUCGUGAGAGCGUGCUCGUGAAACCUAUCAAUACACCUAUUACACCCUUAUGCACUAGCCUUACGACCCUGACAUGGGAGCAUGUACGAAAUGCGGGAACUUUCCGGGACGCAGUUAACCGCUUCGAUGCUUUCGCUUCUGAGCACCUGACCUCUCAAAAUCUCGACUUCGUCUUUGUUACUCUCGAUGCCUGGGACCUUCGUGUCCAGCUUCCUCGCGAAGCUCGCGACAAAGCUGUUGUGCUCCCACCCUACCUGCAACACUCGAGGACAUUCGAUCUACGCACCGAAUACCAACGAUGGCAACAGCACCAUCCUGAAUCCCUCCCCUUCGGGCCUUCGAUGCUCUCCAACAUCUGCGCUGCCCUCGAGGUCGAGCCCGUCCAAUCUAGUGCCCCGAUCAAACAUAACCUACCCUUUCACCUGCAGGCUCUUGCCCCAGCAUCUCCUCGACGUGCCAUGGAAGAGGCGGUGACUCUUGCCAGAGUUCUGCGCGGCCUGAUUCGCAAGUCUCAACCACCCCAGGAGCAUCCUGACGUCUUAACCCGUCCUAUGGAUGCCCGUGCUGAUGUUCGUGCAUUCCUAUCUGAGCGAAGUAAGGUUCUGCACAUGUCUGGUUUGCCUCACGAUACUACCCAGUCGGAGCUUGAGAGUUGGUUCACCCAAUUUGGUGGUCGCCCCAUUGCUUUCUGGACCCUACGUACCCCGGAACAGCACAAGCCCACAGGUACCGGUUUUGCCGUAUUUUCGUCCCAUGAAGAGGCCGCCGAGAGCCUCUGCAUGAAUGGUCGCGCUUUGAACGAGAAGGCCAUUGAGGUCUCACCGUCUUCUAGUCGCGUGCUUGACCGAGCCGCAGAAAUCCUGACGCCUUUCCCCCCGAGUAAGAACCGACCCCGCCCUGGCGACUGGACAUGCCCCUCGUGUGGUUUCUCCAACUUUCAGAGACGGACGGCCUGCUUCCGUUGCUCAUUCCCAGCAGUAAGCGCCGGGCCGCAAGGCGAUAUGGGCUACGGCUAUGGUUACGGCCCGCCGGCUAUGAUGGGUCCUCCGCCGCAUCACGGUGGUCAUCACGGAAACAUGGGCCAUGGAGGAGGUCGUAUGGGUGGUAGUGGUGUUGUCCCCUUUCGAGCUGGAGAUUGGAAGUGUGGUAAUGAAGUUUGUGGUUACCACAACUUUGCUAAGAACGUCUGUUGUCUUCGAUGCGGCGCUAGCCGUGCUGGCGCUGCAGUAGUUGCCGAUUCUGGCUAUCCCUCGCCAAUGGACAGUGGUUCUAGCUACGGUAUGGGCUCUGGCUCCAUGGCCGGAACGCCAGGCCCAGGUCCAUUUGCCUCAGCUGCCGGUCCAUUCGGAGCGUCGGGUGGUUACGGUCACCACUUUGGAGGCCCGCCUAGCACGUACGCCUUGCCAUCGGGCAUUGGUGGUGGUGCUGCCCCGUACCCGUCUCUGAAUACCCAUUUCGGACCUGCUCCGGGUUCGCAUUCGGCAGGACCAUUUGAUAGCCGAGCGGCCGAGGCUGCUUUCCAGUCUGCAAGCAACGGUCCCGCCUCGGCCGGACCAUCUAAUAACUUCUACUCGUCUCAGUCGGAAAACGAUCCGUUUGCAUUCCUCUCUUCCGGUAUUGGUGGUUUGUCCGUCAGUGGUGGCGAUGCUCGUCAGAAUGGCGCAGGUGCGCCUUCGAACAAAUCACCUGCUUAAACGUAAAAAGUAUUUCGGCUCAUACGGCCCUCGUGCGGAGUGUUCGGUAUUCGAUUUCACUAUGACCGAUUUCGGCCGUGUUUGGAAUGUUGUAGUACACGGUAAAUCAUGGGCGGUGUCAUCCUUGGCGGUACUUCUCAGGA